AUGGCUGUUGUAGAGGUCUGUGUUAAGGCUGCUGCUGGCGCCCCUGAAAAUCUUGGCGACUGUCCAUUCUGCCAAAGGGUGCAACUGACUCUGGAGGAAAAGAAAGUCUCUUAUAAGACGCACCUUAUCAACUUCAGUGACAAGCCCCAAUGGUUCUUGGAAGUGAAUCCAGAAGGGAAGGUGCCAAUGAUAAAAUUCGAUGAGAAAUGGAUUGCAGACUCUGAUGUGAUUGUGGGUAUUAUCGAAGAGAAAUACCCCAACCCUUCUCUCUCCCAUCCUCCUGAAGUCUCCUCUAUGGGUUCCAAGAUAUUUCCUUCGUUUAUCAAGUUCUUGAAGAGCAAGGAUCCCAGUGAUGGAUCAGAGCAGGUUCUGCUCGAUGAAUUGAAGGCACUGGAUGAGCAUCUCAAAGUGAAGGGACCUUAUGUUGCUGGAGAAAAUAUUUGUGCCAUUGAUCUGAGUUUGGCUCCAAAGCUUUACCAUCUUGAGGUAGCUCUUGGUCAUUUCAAGCGGUGGACUGUCCCUGAAAGCUUGAGUUACUUUCAUAACUAUGUGAAGUUGCUCUUUUCUCGGGAGUCUUUCCAGAAAACAAAGGCGGCAAAGGAAAUUGUGAUUGCAGGAUGGGAGCUGAAAGUUAAUGCAUGA